AUGAGCACUGACGAAGUGUCUCGGAUGUUCCUGCCACAGCGCAAAACUGUUCACAGGAGCAAUUCUUCUUCCUCCCUCUCCUCCACCAGUUCAUCCAGCUCAACGGUUACGCUCUCUCAGAACGAUGCCCCCAGCGAGGCAGGCCAGGCAGGAAAAAAGAAAGCAAGAGGAGGCUUCUGGCCCGUUUCCAAGUCCGAAUCUACGGCCAGCGUGUCAAACGCCCGUGCAAAUGGAUCACUUCAGACAGCUAUUGGCAACUCACUCAUCGGGGGAAAAAGUUCAAUUCCGCUUGCGUUACCGGGUCAGAGUCCCACAGGCUCUGCCAACGGAUCCAGAGUCGUGAAUGGGCAAUCUGCUGGCGAACCCGGCGCCAUAUUGGCAUUAUUACCCAUGAAUGGCACUUUUGAAAGAAAACAAAUAAGUCUGCCUUUUUACCCGGAAGUGCUGCGAAUUGGGCGGCAAACCAAUGCAAAGACUAUGCCAACCCCUGUGAAUGGGUACUUCGACUCAAAAGUGCUGUCACGGCAACAUGCAGAAGUGUGGGCUGAUCGGAACGGGAAGGUCUGGAUCAGAGACGUGAAAUCAUCCAACGGAACAUUUGUGAACGGGCAGCGACUUUCUCCAGAAAACCGGGAGUCCGAGCCGCAUGAGCUUCGUCAGCACGAUACUCUGGAGCUGGGGAUUGAUAUCGUGAGUGAAGAUCAGAAGACCAUUGUGCAUCACAAAGUGUCCGCAAAGGUGGAAUAUGUCGGCCUUCCUGGGAGUUCAAACAACGUUCUGGACCUCAGUUUUGGUGAUCUCGACCCUUCCCACGGCGGGUCGUUGCUCCCGUCGCCUGUGAGUUCACCUAUGAUACAUUCGCGCAGUCGCCCUGGCGGCCCCGUUAUGAAUGGGCGGGCAUCGACCCCUUCAAGUGUGGCCGGAAGUCAGAUAAGCUCGGCUGCUCAACAACGGCAACUGAAUUUCUGGGGAUCGCCGUUGAAUGUUGAGCAGCUGGUUAAGACACUAUCGACUGAGAUGCGCACAGCAAAGCAACAGGCAGAAGAACUGGAUCAAGCAGGUUCUUUCUUGAACUCAAUCUUGACCAGCGGAGGCGAGCAUUCGCAGCCUCCGUCACUGUCCAAAGAAACCAGUUCCCAGAAACAAUCAAAUGGGCGAACCAAAGGGUCGAAGAUAGACCAUGUCGCCCGCUUCGCUGAUCCGCCUGCGCCACCGCCGCAGCAACCCUUGCCUGAAAAGCCGGACAGCGCCAAAGCAAGUCCAGUCACGACAUCAUUUACGCACCUACUAAAAAGAACCGAAACUGCUAAGCCAAGCAAUACCACGUCUCAAUCACCGACAAAUCCUCACAACAGCCAGAUGCUAUCUUUGAUUGAAGCGUUAUCCAUCGCGAAGAAAGAACUGGAUUCUCAAGGAGCCAAGGUUAAACAGCUGGAGGAUAUGCUAAAACAAGAACGCUCAGCUAGAGAGGACGCCGAAGAGAGAGCCCGUCGACUGGAGCAACAUGCAGCCUCGCGACCGAUUUCAGUGGUACAGGAGCAAUCUGAACCCGUCGAAGACACAGACCUCGUAAUAACACCAUUGGACCAGAACAGGACCCGCGAGGAAGACUACGGGGCGGAUGAAAGGGCAAGAAGUCUUCAACAAGAUCUGGACCAAGUGCUGGGAGAGAUGCAAAAGUUAAGGACAGACAUGGACAGUUUCAAACGCCGGGCCGAGACUGCUGAAGCAGACGCCGCGGAUGCAAGGAAGAGCCUGGCAGAGAUGAUUAACAAGCUACGAGAAGAAAACCAGAAAGAAGAUCACUCUGUCAGCAAGUUCGGACGUCAACGAUCACCAGUUGAAAACGAGAGAGAUACUGCGAUGGAUGAAGUUGACGAGCGUCAAUCCGACUCGGCUUCGACCAUCAAGUGGCCAGCACAUAGCAACGGCCAUGUGAGGGCGCCCAGAUUACCUGAUCACAUCGAGCGCGCGGUUGCUACUGUGUUGAAGGAUAGGGGUAGCAAUGGAGAUUCACUCACUCAGUCGGCUCCAUAUGUCUCAAUGCUUGGGGUGGUCCUGAUAGGUGUUGGCCUAAUGGCCUACCUCAACUCAUGGCAAAAGUCGGAGAGCUGA